GCAGUUCCUUCAAAUUUCCAAAUUUGUUGCCCAUUGUUUCAAAGAACACACACUCAUCUGCCCAACCAAACCCAGAAACUCCCCUCUUUUCACAUCCUCAUUCUCUCAAAAUUCUCCAUUUCCCAAUUUUCCUUCAUCUUCUUCUUUUCCAUCUUCCCCAAUUCCCCACCUUCCUUAAUCCUUCUCUCUCAAAACUUAACAUGGCUGAUUCUCCAUGACACUCUCAACUUCCAAUUUCCAAUUUCCAAUUCCAUUCCAACCCCCCAGAACCCACAAAUGUCCUCCGAAGACAUCAAUGGCCUCGACUCCCACCUCGUCUUCCAGAAUGAAUCCCUCCCUUUCAAUUGUUCCUCCACCCCCCACCGACGCCUCCCCGACCCACCUCCCAAAACCCGCGAACUCUGCGGUUUCAUGGACGACAAGCUCUUCCCUAUUGUCGACCGUGACCGAUUCUUUUCCCAACAGGGAGAGGAUUUCCGACGGAAUGUUUUUGGUCACAACCGGAAUUGGAAUGGUUCUGCGAGAACUGGAAGUGGUAAAGGAUCGGAUGAGGAAGAUGACGACGACGACGACGACGAUGAAGAUGAAGUCGAUGAUGGCGAUGAUGAUGUUGAAGGGCUUGUUUCUUUGGAUGAUGUUAAUAAGUGUAGUAAAACUGCUAACCCCAUUGACAGUAACAAUGAUAGAAGUGAUCAGAGUAGUGAGGGGUUGAAGAAUGGGAUAAACAAAUUGGGAAAUGGGAAGCUUAAGCAGCAUUCUUCAUUUUGUGGGACUUUGUUAGUCAAGGAUGCUUUUGUUGGGUCUUCCGGAGCAACUCAAAGUGAAAACAAUCCCCAGGGAAGGUUGGGGAACUAUCCAAAUGCUGUUACAGUUGCAGAGCCUGAUAGUGAAGCUUAUUAUUCUCAGUAUUUGCAAAGCAAUGAAGGGUCUGCUUCUGGGCAGAAGAAUUUGAGUAUGGAAAAUGGAUGUGGUUUCGGGAGAAGGGAUGUUUCGUUCUCAGGAGAGCCUGGAGAGUCUUUGAGAUCAAUUCUCACUGACCCUGUGACGGGCGCGCUCAUGAACGAUGCAAUGAUAUUGCCGUGUGGGCAUUCCUUUGGGAGUGGUGGAAUACAACAUGUUCUUAAAGUAAGAUCUUGUUACUCGUGCUCUCAGUCAGUUUCUGAAGACUCUAUUGCCCAAAACUUAUCUCUUCAAGCUGCAGUCCAAGCAUUCUGCCGCGAAGAAGAAUUAUUGUUUCACCGCUCACCGAAAAGGAGAAGGGAGAGGUUUGAGCAGGACAAGGGUGGUUAUGGUGAUUUGACUCUCAUGGAUACUCAAAGAGGUCGAGGUGUUCAGUUUCCUUUUGCAGUGACAGAUAGGGUAAUUAUUAAGGGGAACAAGAGGACACCGCAACGUUUUGUGGGACGUGAGGCUGUUGUUACAACACAGUGCUUGAAUGGAUGGUAUGUGGUGAAAACGCUAGACAAUGCAGAGAGUGUAAAGUUGCAGUACCGCUCGCUUGCAAAGGUUCCAAAUGAUGCAACAACAAAGACGAUAACAAGGAAGAUCACGCCAAAUUGGCUUUAGCCUUGCAGUGUAGAUUAUAGGAACUUGAACUCUUGAUGCAUUAUGAGCCUAGUUUUUCGAGGCUCAUUCUGUUGUACGUAUGUAUUUAUAACACAAAGAAAGGGAGUGAUUUGUAGGUGUUGUAAAUAUGCUUAAAACAUACCUUUUCCAUAGUUGAGUUUAAGGAGAGGUAGAAUUGAGUUUUGAGAUAGGAAAAUGCUUGAGUUUUUCCAUAUCAGGUGAUUAGCAUUGUAUUUAAGUAAAGAGGCUCACCUAAAUUUUGAGACAUUGUUGUAAUGGAAUUUUGGUAGUGUUUUGGAGGCUUAGAUUCUCCAUUCAUUUGUCUCUCUCAA